CAUUUAAUCUUCCACUACUUCUUCUCCUCCACAUGCAAACAAACAUGACUACUCUUCUUAUCAUACUUUUUCUCCUUCUUCUUCUUCUUGUUCUUCUUCUUCAUGUAAAUAAUGUCAAUGGCAGUGAGUUUUUUCAUGAAGAACGUGACUCUUUGAUCCAACUAAGAGACUCACUAACUUCCAUUUCCAACCUUCAUUCCAAUUGGACAGGUCCUCCAUGUCACAAGGAUCAAUCAAGGUGGUUAGGUAUCACUUGUUCAGACUCUCAUGUCAUAGGGAUUGAUCUCCAAGGCAUUGAGCUCACUGGCACACUUCUCUCCACUUCAUUUCAAAACAUCACCUUCUUAACCAAUCUAAGCUUGAGCAACAAUGCACUUCAUGGUGAUCUCCCUACUCUCAAAGGCCUUGUACAUCUAAGAGUUGUAUCCUUGUCGAAAAACCGUUUCUUUGGUUCGAUCCCUAUCGAAUAUGUCUCCUUGUCGAAUAUAUCUCAGCUUGAGCUUCAAGACAACCUUCUCAACGGCUCGAUCCCUUUGUUCGAACAACAGAGCUUGGUUAUAUUCAAUGUCUCCUAUAACUUCCUCCAAGGCAAGAUCCCUCAGACCUCAGUCUUGCAGAGGUUUCCUAGUAGCUCAUUUGAUAACAAUCUUGAGUUAUGUGGGAAGCCAUUGAACAAGCCUUGCAAUGUCACAAGUCAAACACAAGAUCAAGAUCAUCCAGUGAGCUCAUCCAAUCUUGCACCAUCUAAUCCAUCUGCAAGUUCUUCUUCAAGUACAAAGUCACUGGAGGUUUGGAGUCUUGUUUUGAUUGCCAUUGCUGCUGUUAUUCUUCCUAUCCUUGUCAUUAUCUGUAUUUUGUGCUAUAAAAGACGACAUAAGAAGCCAAUAAAGCUUGGAUACAACCAUAUGGAAUCAGUCUCAAAGGAACAAAAUAGCAAGAAGAAGACGAUGAAUGUUGAACUAGAGUUCUUCGACAAAGAAAGACAAAUGUUUGACUUGGAUGAACUGCUAAGAUCAUCAGCAGAGAUGAUAGGGAAAGGAAAAUUAGGCAUCACUUACAAGGCCAGGAUGCAGUCUGGUUCCUUUUUGGUUGUGAAGAGGUUGAAGGCAAUGAAUGGAGUUACCAGGCAUGAAUUUGCCCAUCAAAUUCAAUUGCUUGGAAGGUUAAAGCAUGAAAACCUCUUGCAAAUCAUUACUUACUAUUACUCCAAUGAAGAGAAACUAGUCAUCUAUGAACAUGUACCAAAUGGCAGCUUGUUUCAACUCUUACACGGACAUGAAGGAGAAGGAAAGGUGCAUUUGAAUUGGGAGGCAAGGAAGCAUAUAAUAAAAGGAAUAGCAAGAGGAAUGGUUUAUCUCCAUCAAUCUCUACCAAAUGAUGAAGUACCACAUGGAAACCUGAAAUCAUCCAAUGUACUCAUUGACCAUAGCAACCGUUAUCCAUAUUUCAGCCCAAAGCUCACAGAUUUCGGCAUGCAAUUACUUGUCGGCAAGGCCUACACUCGAAAGCUCGCCGUCGGUAAAUCACCUGAGGUGUCUAAGGGAGACAUCAGAGAUCAAUUAACGGUGAAAGCCGAUGUCUUUUGCUUCGGCAUUGUGUUACUUGAGAUGAUAACAGGUAAAGUUUUGAGUGAGAAUGAAGAGGAAGUGUUUGAAUGGUUGAAGAUGAUUAGUGACAACAAGUGGUCCACUGAGAUUUUGGACAGUGAGUUGGUUGUGGAGAAGGGGAAGCAUAUGGAGAUGUUUAAGCUUGUUGGGAUUGGAUUGGAGUGUGUGGCAAUGGAGCCAGAGAAAAGGCCAUUGAUGAGUGAAGUGGUGAGAAACAUGGAAGAGAAGGAUGAGGAGAUUACAAUGUGGAUGUGAACAUUAUUCAUGCAAUCUCUCUUUGAAUAAUGCCAUGCAUGUGAUUGUUAUAAUUUGUUUCAUUCUUUAAUUAGUUUGUAUUGUUAAUUGUGAUAGAUGAGAUUGGUACAGCAUAGAAUCAGAAAUUAAUUCAGACAUAUAUAUGUACAUAAUUUAUUUCUCUUUGUAGUUUUUUUUUUUUAAUUA